AUGUCAGAGCUGAGGAUGCUGGAUUCUACAUCUGUCAACAGUUCCUUACAGAGGGUGGACCACAAUAUGGAGGUGAUGCUCCUGUUCAUCUAUGGAACAACUCCGAUUCCUGUCAAGACAACCACCAGUACUCAGGAGCAGUCUAAGACUGAUGGACCAACUCUGAAUCCUGUCAAGACAACCACCAGUACUCAGAAGAAGUCUAAGACUGAUGGACCAACUCUGAAUCCUGUCAAGACAACCACCAGUACUCAGAAGAAGUCUAAGACUGAUGGAGCAACUCUGAAUCCUGUCAAGACAACCACCAGUACUCAGGAGCAGUCUAAGACUGGUUCUCAGAUCCUCAUCUUCACGGUGGCUGUGGUAGCAGUGGUGUGUGUCAUUGCUGCCGUCAUCAUAGUACGCAGAAGGAGAGAAAAGAAUCAAGUGCCGAAUGAUAACAGCAUUGUGAGUAACAAAGACAUGUCAUUGAUGCGCUGUGGCUUAAUAAACACAGUUAGUGUAUUAUACUAUUGUUGUAGGAAAUUAACUAAGAGUUUGCUCUGUAAUUCUAUUGUUUUGAAUCCAUUACCAUUGUUACUAAUUUAUGAAGGGUAUGAAUGCAGUAAACCACUCCACCCCACAAACCAAUGA